CCAAGAGGCGUUUCCGCCCAGCUGGGCAGCCAGGUCCUGGCAGAUGCGGGAAAGUCUUAAAAAAAUCCUUUAUCCCCAAUUUGGGUGAAAGAGACAAAUGAAAUUUGCACUUUGAUAAGACAGCUUUGUACUGGCACUGAUUUCCUCCAGGCUUUUAAGCAGCUCUUUUUCCUCUUCCGCGUCGGUUACAACGCGGAGGCUCCGCCCACCGCGCUCCCCGGGCUCUAGUGCCCCAUGGAGGCCCCGCCUUCGCCGUGACGGGGGCCACGCCCCCUGCCCGAAGGCUUUAAAUGCGCCGUUCGGGACGUCACUUUCACGCGACCUAAUCUUUGUCAGUGCACAAAAUGGCGCCUUACAGCCUACUGGUGACCCGGUUGCAGAAAGCCCUGGGCGUGCGGCAGUACCAUGCGGCCUCAGUCCUGUGCCAACGGGCCAAGGUGGCCAUGAGCCACUUCGAGCCCAAUGAGUUCAUCCGCUACGACCUUCUGGAGAAGAAUAUUAACAUCGUCCGCAAACGCUUGAACCGGCCGCUGACCCUCUCGGAGAAGAUCGUGUACGGACACUUGGAUGACCCAGCCAACCAGGAGAUCGAGCGGGGCAAGACCUACCUGCGCUUGCGGCCUGACCGCGUGGCCAUGCAGGACGCCACGGCCCAGAUGGCCAUGCUGCAGUUCAUCAGCAGCGGGCUGCCCAAGGUGGCCGUGCCAUCCACCAUCCACUGUGACCAUCUGAUCGAGGCCCAGGUCGGGGGCGAUAAAGACCUGCGUCGGGCCAAGGACAUAAAUCAGGAAGUGUAUAAUUUCCUGGCAACUGCUGGCGCCAAGUACGGUGUGGGCUUCUGGAGGCCUGGCUCUGGGAUCAUUCACCAGAUCAUCCUGGAAAACUACGCCUACCCUGGUGUUCUUCUGAUUGGCACCGAUUCCCACACUCCCAAUGGCGGUGGCCUGGGAGCCAUCUGCAUUGGCGUCGGGGGUGCUGAUGCUGUGGAUGUCAUGGCUGGGAUCCCCUGGGAGCUCAAGUGCCCCAAGGUGAUUGGUGUGAAGCUGACAGGCUCGCUCUCCGGUUGGACCUCCCCCAAAGACGUGAUCCUGAAGGUGGCAGGCAUCCUCACGGUGAAAGGCGGCACGGGUGCUAUCGUGGAGUACCACGGGCCGGGCGUGGACUCCAUCUCCUGCACUGGCAUGGCGACAAUCUGCAACAUGGGCGCGGAAAUCGGGGCCACCACCUCUGUGUUCCCUUACAACCACAGGAUGAAGAAGUACCUGAGCAAGACGGGCCGGGCAGACAUUGCCGCUCUGGCUGAUGAAUUCAAGGACCACUUGGUCCCGGACCCUGGCUGCCAGUAUGACCAAGUGAUUGAAAUCAACCUCAAUGAGCUGAAGCCGCACAUAAACGGGCCCUUCACCCCCGACCUGGCCCACCCAGUGGCGGAAGUGGGUGCGGUGGCAGAGAAGGAAGGGUGGCCUCUCGACAUCCGAGUGGGUCUGAUCGGCAGCUGCACCAACUCCAGCUACGAGGACAUGGGGCGCUCAGCAGCUGUGGCCAAGCAAGCACUGGCCCGUGGGCUCAAGUGUAAAUCCCUGUUCACCAUCACGCCAGGCUCUGAGCAGAUCCGGGCCACCAUCGAGCGGGAUGGCUACGCGCAGAUUCUGAGGGAUGUGGGCGGUGUCGUCCUGGCCAACGCCUGUGGCCCCUGCAUUGGCCAGUGGGACAGAAAGGACAUCAAGAAGGGGGAGAAGAACACAAUCGUCACCUCCUACAACAGGAACUUCACGGGCCGCAACGACGCAAACCCCGAGACCCACGCCUUCGUCACCUCCCCUGAGAUUGUCACAGCGCUGGCCAUUGCCGGCACCCUCAAGUUCAACCCAGAGACCGACUUCCUGACGGGCAAGGAUGGCAAGAAGUUCAAGCUGGAGGCCCCCGAUGCCGAUGAACUUCCCCGAGCGGAGUUCGACCCUGGACAGGACACCUACCAGCACCCCCCCAAGGACAGCAGCGGCCAACGGGUGGAUGUCAGCCCCACCAGCCAGCGCCUGCAGCUCCUGGAGCCUUUUGACAAGUGGGACGGCAAAGACCUGGAGGACCUGCAGAUCCUCAUCAAGGUCAAAGGCAAGUGUACCACCGACCACAUCUCAGCCGCCGGCCCCUGGCUCAAGUUCCGCGGGCAUCUAGACAACAUCUCCAACAACCUGCUCAUCGGCGCCAUCAACAUUGAGAAUGGCAAGGCCAACUCCGUGCGCAAUGCCGUCACCCAGGAGUUUGGGCCCGUCCCCGACACUGCCCGCUACUACAAGAAACACGGCAUCCGGUGGGCAGUCAUUGGGGAUGAGAACUACGGCGAGGGCUCGAGCCGGGAACACGCGGCGCUGGAGCCUCGCCACCUUGGGGGCCGGGCCAUCAUCACCAAGAGCUUCGCACGGAUACACGAAACCAACCUGAAGAAGCAGGGCCUGCUGCCCCUCACCUUUGCUGACCCAGCCGACUACAACAAGAUUCACCCUGUGGACAAGCUGACCAUCCAGGGCCUGAAGGACUUCGCUCCUGGCAAGCCCCUGACCUGUGUCAUCAAGCACCCCAACGGGACCCAGGAGAGCAUCCUCCUGAACCACACCUUCAACGAGACCCAGAUCGAGUGGUUCCGCGCCGGCAGCGCGCUCAACAGAAUGAAGGAGCUGCAGCAGUGAGGCCGCCGCCGCCUGCCCGCCCCGCUCCUCGGACCCGGCUCCCCGUGGCUCCCUGCUCUGAGACGCGCGGCCGGGCCUUCUGCACUCCCUCCCCUCAGCCCACGAAGUGACCCGCGGUCGGGGGCUCUUACAAGAAUGUCGCGGGCCCCGCCGUCGUCCUAGUCGGCUCGGAUCGCGGGCAGCGCCACGCCACUAUUUAUUUUUGAUGACGAGACUCCCAUCCAAAGUUUCCUCCUGUCUGAUCAUUUCACUUGUGGCUGAAGGAUUUUAGAGAACCUUUGCUCUUCCAGGAAAAUAAGACCCCAAACCAGUUGAACGUUGUGAGUUGUGUCUGCGCUGUC